CAACCCACAGUUCUCAGGACCACCAUCUCUGAUCUCUCCCCCCCCCCCCCUCUCUACAAAGACAAGAGACCUUGUCAAGAACUGUUGGAAAGAGAAGAGAAUACAAAAGUCUCUCCACCAACCCAUAUAUAUAUAUAUAUAUAUCCUCCCGUGAGAGAGAGAGAGAGAGAGAGAGAGAGAGAGAGAGAGAGAGAGAGAGAGAGAGAGAGAAACAUCACACGGUUUCGGUUUUACUUUCUUUGCCAUUCAAGAACACUCAGACCCACUCCCCUACAUCUAGAUUUGAUCAUAAGUAUCUUGCAUUUCUACAAAAACCCAAAACAAGAACUAAGAAGAUGGAUACAGAGAAACCCUUAGGUCUGGGAAGGCCCCCGAGCCGGAACAGGAGCAAGAACAAGAGCUGGAGCCGGAGUGUAAGCCUGACCUGGAACAUGGAAGAAGUGUUUGGUGGUGGUGGCGGCAGUGGCAGUCAGGUGAGACGGGCGCCUAGCCAUGCCGAGGAAGACGAAGAGGCCCUAAAAUGGGCUGCACUGGAGAAAUUGCCAACUUAUGCUAGGCUCAGAACUAGUAUCAUGAAAUCAUUUAUGGACAAUGGAAGUCAUGAAAAUAUUACUAGCAACAAUACUAACGUUAAUAAGGUGGUGCACAAGGAGGUUGAUGUUCGAAAGCUUGACGUGAACGAUCGACAACAGUUCAUCGAUAGGCUGUUUAGGGUUGCGGAGGAGGACAAUGAGAAGUUCUUGCAGAAGUUUAGAAAUCGAAUUGAUAAGGUUGGGAUCAACCUUCCAACAGUAGAAGUUAGGUUUCAACAUUUGACAAUCGAAGCCGAUUGUUACAUCGGCGACAGAGCUCUCCCGAGCCUUGCAAACACGGUCCGGAACAUGGCCGAGUCGGUUUUGGGUUUGGUCGGAAUCCGGUUGGCCGAAACAACAAAACUCACUAUUUUGAAAGAUGCCUCCGGCAUUAUAAAGCCAUCAAGGAUGACGCUUUUAUUGGGCCCACCUUCAUCUGGGAAAACAACCCUCUUGCUGGCCCUAGCUGGAAAGUUGGACUCAUCACUAAAGGUAAAAGGAGAAGUUACUUACAAUGGGCACAGACUUAAUGAAUUUAUACCUCAAAAGACGUCAGCAUACAUCAGCCAAAAUGAUGUUCAUGUGGGCGAAAUGACUGUAAAAGAAACUCUUGAUUUCUCCGUAAGGUGUCAAGGAGUUGGGUCACGAUAUGAACUCCUAACCGAGCUCGCAAGGAGAGAGAAAGAUGCCGGUAUUUUUCCCGAGGCCGAAAUCGAUCUUUACAUGAAGGCAACUGCAAUGCAAGGAGUUGAGAGCAGCCUCAUUACCGACUACACCCUUAGGAUUUUGGGACUCGAUGUAUGCCGGGACACUAUUGUCGGCGACGAAAUGCAGAGAGGAAUAUCAGGAGGACAGAAGAAGCGAGUCACAACAGGAGAGAUGAUUGUCGGGCCCACAAAAACCCUGUUCAUGGAUGAGAUAUCAACGGGUUUAGAUAGCUCCACGACGUUUCAAAUAGUGAAGUGCUUGCAGCAGAUUGUGCACCUCACCGAGGCCACUGUCCUAAUGUCUCUGCUCCAGCCCGCUCCCGAGACGUUCGAUCUCUUCGAUGACGUCAUCCUCUUGUCGGAGGGCCAGAUCGUCUACGCGGGCCCACGAGAGCACGUACUCGAAUUCUUCGAGAGUUUUGGAUUCAAAUGCCCAGAGAGAAAAGGAACGGCUGAUUUCUUGCAAGAGGUGACAUCAAGAAAAGACCAAGAACAAUACUGGUCCGACAAAACCAGGCCCUACGCCUACGUCUCCGUCACCCAAUUCGCCAAACGCUUCAAGCGCUUCCACGCCGGCCUCCGCCUCGAGAACGAGCUCUCCGUCCCCUACGACAAGUCCCGCAGCCACCAAGCCGCCCUCGUCUUCACCAAAUACGCCGUCCCCAAACUCCAACUCCUCAAGACCUCCUUCGACAAGGAAUGGCUCCUCAUCAAGCGCAACUCCUUCGUCUACAUCUUCAAGACCGUCCAGAUCAUCAUCGUCGCCAUCAUCGGCUCCACGGUGUUCAUACGGACCAGAAUGCACACCAGGAACGAGAACGACGGCGCCCUCUACGUUGGGGCGCUCUUGUUUUCGAUGAUCAUUAACAUGUUUAAUGGGUUCGCCGAGCUGUCGCUCACGAUUCAGAGGCUUCCGGUUUUUUACAAGCAACGGGAUUUGCUUUUUCACCCGCCUUGGGUUUUCACCCUGCCGACUUUUUUGCUGAGGGUGCCGAUUUCGUUGGUGGAGACUGUUGUUUGGAUGGUUAUGACUUAUUAUACAAUGGGGUUUGCUCCUGAAGCUAGCAGGUUCUUCAAGCAAUUCCUGGUGAUAUUUCUGAUCCAACAAAUGGCAGCUGGAUUAUUCAGGGUCAUUGCUGGUGUCUGUAGAACCAAUAUCGUAGCCAAUACUGGGGGAGCCCUAUCUGUCCUCCUCAUUUUCCUGCUUGGUGGUUUCAUCCUUCCCAGAGAUCAAAUUCCUAAGUGGUGGCAAUGGGGCUAUUGGGUCACCCCUAUGAGCUAUGGUUUCAAUGCUUUAGCUGUCAAUGAGAUGUUUGCUCCUAGGUGGAUGAACAAACUGGCUUCGGAUAAUGUUACCAGUUUGGGGAUUGCAGUGCUAAAGAAUUUUGAUGUCUUUCCCGAAAGAAACUGGUUCUGGAUUGGUGCAGCAGCUCUUUUGGGGUUUAUAGUUCUCUUCAACAUGCUCUUCACACUUGCUCUUAUGUACUUAAAUCCCCUUGGGAAGCCUCAAGCUAUAAUCUCCAAAGAAGCAGCAAAUGAAAUGGAAGCCGACCAAGAGGAAACAAAGGAAGCACCUAGGCUAAGAACAAACAGAUCAAAAAAGAUAGAUUCAUUACCUCGAUCCUUAUCUGCCGCUGAUGCGAACAAUUCCAGAGAAAUGACAAUUCGAAGAAUGAGCAGUCGGUCCAAUGCUAAUGGACUCAGCAGAAAUGAAGAUUCAAGCCUUGAGGUUGCUCGUGGACUCGCUCCCAAGAGAGGAAUGGUCCUUCCCUUCACCCCCCUCGCCAUGUCCUUUGACACUGUCAGUUAUUUUGUUGAUAUGCCGCCAGAGAUGAAGGAACAAGGAGUUACUGAGGACAGGCUCCAAUUACUUAGAGAAGUGACAGGAGCAUUUAGGCCCGGUGUCCUGACUGCUCUCAUGGGAGUCAGCGGAGCUGGAAAAACAACACUCAUGGAUGUCCUAGCUGGGAGGAAAACCGGUGGUUACAUUGAAGGUGAUAUCAGAAUUUCUGGAUUCCCUAAAGUUCAAGAAACCUUUGCUCGAAUUUCCGGAUACUGUGAGCAAAACGACAUACACUCGCCGCAAGUAACUGUACGUGAAUCUUUGAUUUACUCGGCUUUCCUUCGCCUCCCCAAGGAAGUCAACAAGGAAGAAAAGAUGAUUUUUGUGGAUGAAGUGAUGGAAUUAGUUGAACUAGACAAUCUCAAGGAUGCCAUUGUAGGGCUUCCGGGAAUUACUGGUUUGUCGACAGAACAGAGAAAGAGAUUGACAAUAGCAGUGGAGUUGGUUGCUAAUCCCUCAAUCAUAUUCAUGGAUGAACCUACUUCUGGUCUUGAUGCGAGAGCUGCAGCCAUCGUUAUGAGAACUGUGAGAAACACAGUGGAUACUGGGAGAACUGUUGUUUGCACUAUUCAUCAGCCUAGCAUAGAUAUCUUUGAAGCAUUUGAUGAGCUUCUACUGAUGAAAAGAGGAGGACAAGUGAUCUACUCAGGACCACUAGGAAGGAAUUCACGCAAGAUUAUUGAGUAUUUUGAGGCAAUUUCUGGAGUGCCAAAAAUCAAAGAAAAAUACAAUCCAGCGACGUGGAUGCUUGAAGUAAGCUCAGUUGCAGCAGAAGUUCGGCUUGGAAUGGAUUUUGCUGAACACUACAAAUCAUCCGCCUUACAUCAACGGAAUAAGGCACUAGUGAAGGAGUUGAGUGGACCUCCACCAGGGGCGAAAGACCUGUAUUUCCCUACGCAAUAUUCACUGUCCUCAUGGGGGCAAUUCAAAUCCUGCUUAUGGAAGCAAUGGUGGACUUAUUGGAGGACUCCUGAUUACAACCUCGUGAGGUACUUCUUCACCUUAGCCGCUGCCCUCAUGAUUGGAACAGUCUUCUGGCAAAUUGGCAAGAAAAGGGACAACUCUGGUGAUCUUACCACAAUCAUUGGGGCAAUGUAUUCUGCUGUUCUAUUUGUGGGGAUUAAUAACUGUGGAACAGUACAACCUUUAGUAUCUGUUGAAAGAACAGUAUUUUAUAGAGAAAAAGCUGCCGGAAUGUACUCUGCAUUACCAUAUGCCUUGGCACAGGUUAUCACUGAAUUACCGUACGUGCUUGUUGAGGCUGUCUUUUUUAGUCUUAUCGUCUAUUCCAUGAUGGGCUUCGAAUGGGCAGCAGCAAAAUUCUUUUGGUUCUUGUUCAUCACCUAUGCCUCCUUUCUCUACUUCACUUACUAUGGAAUGAUGACUGUUUCCAUCACACCAAACCACCAAGUAGCAGCUAUUUUUGCAGCCGCUUUCUACUCUCUCUUCAAUCUCUUCUCCGGUUUCUUCAUCCCUAGACCGAAAAUUCCCAAGUGGUGGAUUUGGUAUUACUGGAUUUGCCCCGUGGCAUGGACUGUUUAUGGGCUGAUUGUGACGCAGUAUGGUGAUGUGGAGGAUACCAUAAAAGUUCCUGGAAUGACGUACGACCCAACUAUUAAGUGGUACGUGCAAAAUCAUUACGGAUAUGAAUCGGAUUUCAUUGGACCAGUUGCUGGAGUUCUGGUCGCCUUUGCUGCCUUCUUUGCCUUCAUGUAUGCCUACUGUAUUAAAACUUUGAACUUCCAAAUGAGGUAGUAGCUACAGACUGUUAGAGUCCAUGGAUGAAUUUGUCCUGCAAACUGAACAGCGAAUUGGAUGAAACCAGAAGUGUCGUAUUUUGGGACAGAAAAUGGUUUUCAACAAGUUGUGGAUCACUGUAAGAGUAAAAUACUGAACAUGUACUAAGAAGUAAGUAUUGUAUAACAAUAGGUGUAUAGCCAUUGGAUAUAUAUUAGGGAAGAAAUAGCUAUAAUUUCUUAUGCAGAAGAACAAUUGUAGCUCUUACCGUUUCAGCCAACUUCAGCUAUAUCAAUGAAAGGUUUUUUGUUUA